AUAUAAUCCGGAGCCAAAAGUGUCCGACUUUAAUGGAUUUGCUAACUAAUUUCCGCUUCAUUCGUCAAACAUAAGCAACGCAACUAGAUCAAACAACCCCACCAAUCUUGUUCAAUUUCACUCUUUCUUGGCUGAAACCAGAGUAAGAAGCAAUUAGAGUUGCCAAUGUGCUAAAAUGGCAGACUUCUCUCUCCCCAAGGAUUCUUAUUUUCUUGGAUUUGACAGCUCUACCCAGUCAUUGAAGGCAACUGUGCUAGACUCCAAUCUCAAUUUUGUUACCUCAGAGAUUGUCCAAUUUGACACUAGUUUGCCUCAUUACAAAACCAAAGAUGGAGUUUACCGAGAUGCCUCGGUUGAUGGUAGAAUUGUUUCCCCCACCUGGAUGUGGGUAGAAGCUCUAGAUCUUGUACUUGAUAAACUUUUGAAAUCAAAGUUGGAUUUUGGGAAGAUCAUUGCUGUUUCGGGUAGUGGGCAGCAACAUGGUAGUGUCUAUUGGAAGAAUGGGAGUUCCUCAAUCUUGUCAUCAUUAGACUCCAAAAAGCAAAUGGUGGAUCAGCUCAAAGAUGCCUUUUCGGUGAAGGAAUCGCCGGUAUGGAUGGACAGCAGCACCACAGCACAAUGUAAAGAAUUAGAGAAUGCUGUUGGUGGAGCAUUGCAGCUAUCCCAAAUUACAGGUUCACGUGCAUAUGAAAGAUUCACAGGACCACAGAUCAAGAAGAUAUUCGAGACACAUCCAGAAGUUUAUAGCAACACUGAGAGGAUCUCUCUCGUUAGUUCUUUUUUGGCGUCUCUUCUAAUUGGGGGAUAUGCCUGUAUUGAUGAAACUGAUGGUGCAGGGAUGAACUUGAUGGAUAUAAAGAAAAGGCUCUGGUCUAAAGUACUAUUAGAGGCCACUGCCCCUGGCCUGGAGGAUAAACUUGGAAAGUUAGCCCCUGCCCAUGCUGUUGCAGGUCACAUUGCUCCCUAUUUCGUGGAGAGAUAUAAAUUCAACAAGGAUUGCUUGGUUAUUCAGUGGUCAGGAGACAAUCCUAACAGCUUAGCAGGCUUAACCCUAAGUACGCCAGGGGAUCUUGCAUUGAGUCUUGGCACAAGUGAUACUGUCUUCGGCAUUACAGAUGAUCCUCAUCCUGGAAUGGAAGGACAUGUUUUCCCUAAUCCCGUUGACACGAAAAGCUACAUGGUAAUGUUGUGUUACAAGAAUGGGUCUCUAACUCGUGAAGAUAUUCGGAACCGCUAUUGCGGAAGUUCUUGGGAUAAAUUCAACGACUAUCUUACAUAUGCGAAGCCCCUAAAUGAUGGAAAGAUGGGUUUCUACUAUAAGGAGCAUGAAAUUCUUCCCCCACUUCCAGUUGGAAUUCACCGCUACAUUCUUGAAAAUUUCACCGGUGACACUUUGGAGGGUGUGACUGUACAUGAAGUGGAGCAGCAUUUUGAACCAGUUUUUGAUGAGGCUCGGGCAGUAGUAGAGGGCCAGUUCAUGUCAAUGCGAGGUCAUGCAGAAAGAUUUGGAAUGCCUUCUCCUCCAGAACGAAUAAUAGCAACUGGUGGUGCAUCGGUGAAUCGUUCCUUCCUGUACAUUGCGGCAUGCGUCUUUGGAUGUGAGGUGUACACAGUUCAUAGAGCUGAUUCAGCUUCUCUUGGAGCUGCAUUGAGGGCUGCUCAUGGUUGGCUAUGCAGCACAAAAGGUACUUUUGUGCCCUUCUCGUGCUUGUAUGAAAAGAAGAGUGGAAAUACGUCCCUCAAGUGCAAACUUGAAGCGGUUUCAGACAAAAAUUUGGUUAACAAGUAUGCAUUAAUGGUCAAGAAGAGACUUGAAAUAGAGAACCGCCUCGUUGAAAAACUCGGACGCAUAUAAAGUUUCAGUUUGCAUGUGGAAUAUUCAGUCUGAGGGAUGCUUCGGGGUCCAGAUUUCUUGGUGUAACGCAUCGAAGACUCUAAUUUCAUAGCCCUCAUCUAGGUUUGAGUCUUUGAGAAGAGAGAAUAAAGUUCGAGAGUGAGAAUGAGAAAAUGAUCGUUUGCAGCUGAGUUGAGGGAUUAGAUUUAGUUACAUAGUUCUGGAGUUUAAUCAAUAAGACCUCGGCACAUAUUACUGAGGACAAGUGUCUAGUAAAGAUGGUCAUUCAUUCUAGAUUACCUAAAAUAUGACCACCUUUUACACGAGCACAGUCAUCUUUACCAAAAUCUGCGAUGAAGUUGUAGGGAGAACAGAUUUUGCCUAGUCUGAGGAGUCACUCCACCUAAGAACUGAACCUUAAAAAUCCUUAUGCACAACAUACUUUCACUUUCAUCCUGAGUGAAACCAUUUGUUGAAGCUAAGUACAGCUGAAUUAUGAAUGGUGAAAGUAGCCAAUAUACUGAUUUAGAUUCA